AUGUAUCCUCGUCGAACUCUUGUGGCACCACAAAAUCAACUAUUAGUUCUUGUUGAAAAACCAUCUGCAUACUCUCAACGUUUUGGUUUAAUUAGUGCCAUCAACGGAUCCCAAUCAAUUGCCUGUAUGAUUUUAACAGCCAAUGACCGAAAAGCAAAGGGUAUUGAAGACAUCAGAAAACAUGUAGUGAACGAUUGGAUUACGAAUACAUUAGCUCCAGCAAUUAAUUAUCGACGCGAGUAA